GACGACUCACUGAGCCCAGACUGUAACUCUUGGAAACCGGGGAUCUCUUCCAAAACAUGCCCGAGCAAGCGAUAUCUUCGGGCUACAUCAGCAAGAAGGCCCUCGUAGAGCUUCUCAGAGAGCUCUUUGGGACUGACUGGGGCGCCACACUCUCUAGGGAUACAUGGAUACUGGACGUUCCCAGAAAACUCACUGAGCAAGAGAUUAGCCGCCUCAAAUAUAAAUAUGACGGUUGAGGAGAGCUGUAGGGUGACAAAUAUGAUGAAAACAA